AAUGGUUUCCUCAUUCUUCACGAACUACACCCAUGAAUACAAUCCAUGAUCAUUCAAUACAUUAACUCUAACAUUAACAUUAACAUCAUCAACAAACAUAACUUUCUCUCAUUCUCUUCUCUUUCUUCCCCCUCUCUCUCUCUCUCAACUGAACCUCUUUUCUUUUCUUCUCAUACUCUCCCUCACCUCAGAUUCUUCCUUUGUUCUCUUUCUUCCAUUCUCUUAUUUCUUUAAAAUCACCUGCAUAACAGACACUGUGGGCCACCCGAUUGUACUUUUGUGUCUAACGUGUUCAUGCAUAUGUUUUCUUUCAGAGAGAAACCUGUUCCGUCCAGGGGAAAACCUUUUCCUUUCUCCUUUGUUUCGAUGGAGAGGUGUUACAACGAACAAGCAUACACGUCCAAGAAAAUAGACCUCACUCUGAAGCUUUCUCCUUGCAGUGAGAAUGCAGAAGAAAGAAAGUUGACAAGGUCAUCAUCAGUAGAGGGUGAGGCAAGUGGGGUCCAGUGGGGCCCUUAUCUUGGCAGAUCUUGUUCACUGCCAGCAGAGAAGCAGAGGAGCGUGACCUUACACUCACCUCAAGUGUUUGCCUGGGUGGCUGCUUCUGCUGUCAAUGUCAAUACACCAUCAUCACUUCCCCAACUCAAGGCACACCCAAUUCUUUCUCAGGCUUCAGAGCUUCAGGGUCUGAGAGAUUCAGCCAAAGGAGUUGCUUUGAAAAUCCAAACUUCAACCCAGCAAGACAACAAUUCCAUGGCUUCUAAGAAGACAAGGACCAAGAAAAUUUCAGCUAGGCAUGGUGAAACUAAGCUGGAGAAUCAGGCGAAGAGACAUAAAGUUGGGAACUACUGCAGUCUUAAAGGUGAUGUAAUGGAGAUCCUGAGAGGGAUGCCAAGUGUGAGUGCAACUGGAGAUGGCCCUGAUGGGAAGAGAAUAGAAGGGUUUCUGUACAAGUACAGAAGUGGUCACGUGUGUAUUGUUUGUGUCUGCCAUGGUAGUUUUCUCACUCCAGCUGAGUUUGUGAAGCAUGCUGGGGGCAAGGAAGUGGCCAAUCCCAUGAAGCAUAUCACUGUUUUUUCUAACUCAUUUUAGAGGCACAGCCAUCUUUGAAUGCAGAGGGAAGUGGAGCAAAGGAACUUUCUUUGGGUAGUUUAGUUUCCAUGAUUUGAUUAUUGAAAAAAUGUGGCCUGGUUGAAAGGAAAUUUCAUCAAAGGUUGUCUGUACUUUUCUGAACCUCUGUUGUACGAGGUAAAGACACGGGAUUUAUAUGAUUUAUGCCAAUAUUUUCUCCACUGCUUAUCA